CGCUGGGUCCCAAGCCUGCAUCCUCUAAGAGCGCUCUGUGAUCUUUGGUGCUGACGGCCCUCCCACAGACGUUGCCUGACUGACCCACACAGUAUUUCCCACAUUUUCUGUUGUAGAUUUCCAGCAUCUGCAGCUUUUCUCUAUUUGUGUCCUGACUCGCCCGAGGCUACCACCUGUGAAGAUGGCGGCCAGCGUGCAGCGCCUGAGUCACCUCGCCUUUCACGUCCACAGCGGCCAGCGCUUGGCCCGCCACCUGAUGCGGCGCUUCGGCUUCCAGCUGUACGGCAGCCGGCAUAGCCGCACCGCCAGGCAGCUGGUGCUGAGGAAAGGCUCGGCCGUGUUCAUCGUGAACGAGAGCGCAGAGCCGGGGCCGCACGGCUUGUUGUACGAUGCGGCUCCGCCACACGUGGUGGACAGCGCCUGCAAUGUGUCCUUCGAGGUGAAAGACGUGGAGCGGGCGACCCUCAACCUGGGCCGGUUAGGUUGCCGCGUCCUUGUGCCGCCCAGCCCGGUGGAGGACGAGUUGGGCUCGGUCACUUACUCUGUGGUGCAAUCGGUGGUGGGUAAUGUCCGCCACACUCUCAUCGACCGAAGCGACUACUUGGGCGACUUCUUGCCCGGCUUCGGACCGCCGCCUGCUGCUCCGGACUGGCCUCAGGAGCAGGACGCCGGUCCGGUGGUGGUCACUCAUUUCGACCACAUCACCUACGCUUGUCCGCAACGGCAGAGCGGCCACAUCAUGGACUGGUACCGGAGUUGCUUCGGCUUCAAGCGUUUUCUCGUGAACCGAGAUGAAGAUAUAGAUAAUGGUUAUGUCAUUCAAGGCAAUGACAUUGGACUGCGUUUGACAGCAAUGGAAUACUGGAAAUGCAGUGAAGUUGGCCUGUCAAUGUCUACAACUGAAGAGAAGAAAACAGACUGCAAAUUUGUGAUUGCUGAAUCCCUGCCCUACCAAGGUAAAAACCAAGUUGACACGUUCCUGGAGCAGCACCAUGGAGCUGGGAUACAGCAUGUGGGAUUGUACACUACUGACAUAAUUUCAACCUGCAAAUCUCUUGCAGAUGCUGGGGUCCAUUUUUUUACACCGCCUCCUACAUAUUACACAGAGAUUGAGAAACGCCAGGAGAUCGUGAAAGCAGGAGAAGAUCCAGACUUGCUAUCAAAAUAUGGCAUUCUUCUGGAUUCAGAAGUUGAUGGUGAACACUGUAAAGGAGAAGCCAAAUGCCCCAGGACAGCUAAUCAGAACAAGAGGUACAUAAUGCAAAUGUUUACAAAGCCAAUAUUUUCUGAAGAUACUUUUUUUCUUGAACUCAUUGAAAGGAAAGGUGCCUUGGGAUUUGGCGAGGGGAACAUCCGUGCCCUGUGGAAAUCGGUUCAGACUUUUAUGGAUCAGCAAGAAGAAAAUAAAACCAUAAAAGGAAUAGAAUGCUAGUUUGCCUUCAGGGUGAAAGAGAUGCUGAGUGACGGAUGGUCUAUUAGACCACAUAAUCCUCUCUGCAUUGAGUAUUAGCUACUUUCCACAGAGAAAUGUAUGACAUGAAUGUACUGUAACAUAUCUAUCAAGCUCUGUAAUCUCUCAAAUUUUCAAAGUCCUUGCACUGUAUUUGGGUAGAUUUAUGUUUGAUAUUCUGAACAUGGAAAAUACAGGAAUUCCAUUUUUGCGUUCUCCACUGCUUCAGACUGAUACUGCUCAUACAAGCUGGGUCUUUAAAUGUCAGUGAUUCCAAAUGUAGAUUAUUCAACUUGGUUUUAAGUUGAAUGCUAUUGGAUCUGCAGUCCUGCAGUUCAUUUAGUUUUAUUAUUUCUUCUAUGUGCCUGAAAUCUCUGUACAGGAAAAUCUCACAUUAUAGCCAUUCAGGUAAUGGAAAUUCACCGUGGCAAAGCUAGCACAUCACUAGAAAAAAAUGAGUCUCACAAUAUGUGGAAACAAAUAAAUACAAUUGUUUUCAACCUG